AUGUGGCUCUCUAACCCGUCGGGUGUCUGUAUAGACGGGACCGUCGUGUUCUGCACCGGGGGCAAUGGCACCAUUUGCUCCGCCCAAGUAAAGGCCCUGGUGUACCUCGGGGCCGACGCCUGCAUCGUCGGGCGCAAUGUUGAAAAGACCUUGAAGAUGGCCGAGGACAUCUCCGGAGCGCGACCUCACUCGCGGGUUCUCGGCAUUGGCAACGUAGACGUUCGCAACUCGGAGAGGCUCAACGCAGCGGUCGAGGAAUGCGUCGCGAAGCUCGGGGCUAUCGACUUUGUCAUGCAAGGGCUGUCAACCAACGCCUUCAAGAGCGUCGUGGACAUUGACCUCCUCGGGUCCUACAACACGGUCAAGGCUACGAUGCCGCACCUUUUGGCGUCGGCGAACAGGGCCAGGAGCACGGGUCUCCCCAGCGGCGGCCGCAUCAUUUUCAUCUCGGCCACAUUCCACUACACCGGGAUGCCGUAUCAGGCGCACGUUGCGUCCGCGAAAGCAGGGGUCGACGCCCUCUCUGCCUCGGUAGCCUUGGAAUACGGGCCCCGCGGCGUCACUUCGAAUGUGAUCAGCCCGGGAGGCGUCGAGGGCACCGAGGGCCUGCAGAGACUUUCGAGCCAGGCCUCGCGUGAGUCGGGCCAAGGCUCCCGCCAGAUUCCUCUUGGAAGGUAUGGGUCAUUGCGAGAAAUCGCGGAUGCCACCGUGUUCCUCUUUAGCGAGACAGGAAGCUACGUGACCGGCCAUGUUCUGGUCGUCGACGGCGGCGCAUGGAGGCUGGCAGGACUCGUGGGUCAGUCGGCCGGUAUGACGUAUCCUGAGGCAGUCCUGGGCGAGCAGGCUUUGCCGGAGGACAUUGAAACUGGUCGUCGGCCCAAGCCACACCUUUGA